GACUAUCUAUGAACUCGACGCCAGUUACAUAAAGACAGUUCUACUAACAUAUAAAAUGUAAUGUCAUGUUUCUGUUAUCGACUGGACGCAGCUUCCACGAGACCAUCAGUUUACAGUUCUACUACGUCUCUUGCAUCUACUAAUGUCGUUAAUCCAUAAUAAGCUCUUUGACGCGGUAAGCCGUAUAUGGUAAUUACAUCGGGCAACAGAUGAGUCCCUGACAGUAGUGUUUUAGAUAUCUUUCAUUCAACAUUAUUCGAGAUAAAGAAUCCGCGAUGGUCAAAACAAUGAAGUUCAGUAUCGACUCCGUGACAUCUUAUAACAGCAUCCAUCCGACUUACCAGUAUACAGAACAAUUUAACAAUAAUAUCGAAACUUACCGGGAUGGGACAAAAUGGUUUGGAGUGUUCCUGGCGUUUUUAUCUGGCACAUUUUUCACUAUAAGUUCUGCCCUGGUGAAGGCUGUGCGUAACGUCGAUCCCAUGAUACUCUUGAGCAUCAGGUGUCUGUUACAAAUAACUGUUAUGCUGCUGGUGGCUUUUAAAGACUCCAGGAAUCUAUUUGGUCCUAAAGGACAGCGGUUACUUGUUCAAUUUCAGGGUUUAGUAGGAGGUAUGACGCUCUCCCUGCUGUAUUACAGCUUCAGAAUGUUACCCUUGGGAGAUGCUACCACGAUAAUAUUCAGCUCACCGAUAAUCGUAAUUGCUCUAUCCUUUAUAUUUUUAAAGGAACCUUGUGGAGUGUUGCGCAUAGCCGUUAUAUGCACACUGUUCAUAGGUGUGACUUUAGUUUCAAAACCACCAUUCCUGUUCCAAAUGCACAAAGAAGAGCAUUACAACGUGAUGGGAUACGUGUGCGCAAUUUUAGCAACGCUCUUCACGGCCAUGAACAUAGUUAUAAUGAGAAAAUGCUUGGAGGUCCACUAUUCUAUAAUAGUAUUAAAUCUUUCACUAUGGGCUCUGGCUUCAGCAAUAAUUCUCUUCUUUGCUAUGUCAAAUAAUCACGAAUUCAAAUUUCACUUGCCCCGAGAUAGCAUCACUUGGCUGAAGAUAUUAGCCGUUGCAUUUACUGGCCUCCUGGGCCAGGUUCUGGUAGCUAUGGCAUUGAAGAUCGAGGGUGCUGGAAAAGUUUCAGUCACAAGGUCCCUAGAUAUAAUUCUAGCUUACAUAGUUCAGAUUUACUUCUUCGAAGAAGUGCCCAAUCAAAUCAGCAUCGUGGGAGCUGUCCUCGUCCUUCUCUCUGUUAUAUGCAUGGGUUUUGAAAAGGAGAUUUACGGGAUUUGCGAUUUUAUUCCCUAAGCCAUUGUUACAAUAUUUUCA